AUGGUACAGACGCAAUUCUGUAAGAAGGUCAAGUUCGUGCGACACGACGGAGCUCGCGAGUUUGCAACCAACUCGCUUCAACUGUUCUACGAAGACGAAGGCAUUGAACAGCAGACAACGGUGCCGUAUGCACAUCAAACAAACGGAACAGCAGAGCGUGCCAUUAGGACUAUUGUCACGAUCGGCCGCAGCAUGCUUCAUCAUGCCAAACUGGACAAGUGUUUCUGGGCCGAAGCAGCGAUGACGGCCAUCUACGUCAAGAAUCGACUGCCGUCACCUAAAGUCGUGCACAAGACCCCGUUUGAGAUCGUCUACAACUUGAAACCAAGCGUCAAGCACAUGCGAACAUUCGGGUGUCAGACAUACAUACUGACGCCUAAAGAGAAUCGACUCAAGUGGGAUCCAAAGGCUCGCGCUGGCAUAUUCGUGGGCUACGAAGAAGUUUCGAAGGCAUAUCGUGUUUAUGACAUCGAGGCGGGGCAGGUGGUUAUCAGCCGCGAUGUCAACUUCGACGAGUCCACCUUUGGACUUCAACUGCCGAUAACUGAUGAAGAUGUCGAUGACCUGGACUUCGAAUUGCUGGAUCUUGAUGACGAAGAGCUGCGUCAAAUGGAGUACAAGCAAACAGGCAAGCGCACGAACCGACUCAAUGAUGAAGAUACAGCAGCUCCACGACCGCGUGCAGUGCGUCAACGACCAGGACUAGAAGAGUCAAGCGCGCCGGAAAACAACUCGUCACGACAAGAAGAAGACGAAGAAACGAAGGAUUCUGGUGAUUCAGCACCGCCUGUGUUUUGGCGUGCGAGUGCAAAUGCCGUUGAAGCAGCAGUGGACUUAUCAGAGCCCUCAACAUUUGAAGCAGCAGUAAGCGGCCCUGACCAAGUGCACUGGAGAAAAGCAAUUCAUGCAGAGCUCGAGUCAAUGCGACUUCGCGGUGUGUUUCGUGCAGCCAAGCUGCCCAACGGACAACGCGCCAUUGGCACAAAAUGGGUGUUCAAGAUCAAGCGCAAGGCGGAUGGGUCAAUCGAGAAGUACAAGGCACGACUUGUGGCCAAGGGUUUCCGCCAAAAGUAUGGCAUCGACUACACGGAGACGUUUUCGCCUGUGGUCAAGUAUGUGACGCUGCGAAUGGUGAUCGCAAUUUCCAAGCAUUUUGGAUGGCCCAUCGACCAGCUUGAUGUGGUGACAGCUUUCCUGUAUGGCGUCAUGAAGGAACAAGUGUUCUGCGUGAUUCCUGAAGGCGUCGAACUUGACAGUACGUUCGACUGCCUGGAAUUGGUGAAGUCAAUUUACGGCCUCAAGCAAGCGUCGCGAGUGUGGAACGAGACGUUCGACGAGUAUGUGUGCUCCAUCGGAUUUCAAGUAUCGGACUUCGACCCAUGUCUCUACAUCAAGACUUCGGACGGCCAUUGCGUGUUUAUACUGGUCUACGUGGACGACGUCUUGGUGACUGGAAGCUCACUCGAGCUGAUUGCACAAACCAAGAACGACCUGAAGACGCGGUUCGAAAUGACGGACAGCGGCAAGUGUGCGUUUGUUCUUGGGAUCGAGCUUUUGGACGGUGAAGAUGGCAGUGUGACACUAUGUCAGCGUCGGUAUGUCGAUGAUAUCCUCAAGCGCUUUGGCAUGGAUGAUUGCAAGGCAGUCGCAAGUCCAGUCGACAUGAGCUCUCGACUUGUUUCAAGUGAUGCAACUACCAAGGUCGAUGCUCCUUUUCGCGAAGCUGUUGGUGCGUUGAUGCACCUGACCACUGCAACGCGUCCGGACAUUGCGUUUGCUGUGGGCUAUGUGUCGCGGUUCAUGGAAAAUCCCCAAGAAGAACACUGGGUUGCAGUUAAGCGUAUCUUUCGCUACCUACAAGGCACCAAGACGCAUGGAAUUUGCUACAAGCCAAGUGCAAGGAUCGACUUCCGUGGAUAUUCGGAUGCGGAUUGGGCUGGUGAUCUUACCGACCGCAAGUCAACAUCGGGGUACACGUUCAUGCUACUCGGUGCGCCAGUCAGUUGGGGCAGCAAGAAGCAGCCAAGUGUUUCGUUGUCCACGAGUGAAGCCGAAUACAUCGCACUCAGCUUGGCAAUUCAAGAGGGCAAGUGGAUUCAUCGUCUGCUUUGUGAGAUCGUGAUGGCUGCCAAUGAAGAAGGACCGGAACUCAUGAUCCAUGAAGACAAUCAGUCGUGUAUCAAGAUGACGAAGAACCCAGUCAACCACGGCCGUGCCAAGCACAUUGAUAUCAAGUACCAUCACAUCCGUGAUGAGGUCAAGCGCGGUGAAGUGAAGCUCAAGUAUUGUGAAACUGCGGUGAUGUUAGCGGACAUCAUGACGAAGGGACUUCAUGGACCACGCCACAAGGAGAUGAAGACGGCUCUCGGGAUUCGUGAGCAUUCGGAUUGA